AAAAACAACAUGAAGAGAAACAUAACCUUCAAAUUAACUGUUACUUUUAGGACCAGAAAGCUGUAAUAUUGUUGUAUUACUACGAAUGAAAAUAUUGUUAGCUCUAUCUGACUUAGCUUACUAUAAACAACAAUUGACAGUUUCACACCGGUAAAGUCAUCUACAUUAAUAUCCUGAAAUGAAAAAUAUUGUUCGUGAUUGCAGGGUUAGCUCUGUGCUAAACAAAGAUGUAAAAAUGUACGGGAAAAAAUAUUUGUUUGAUGACAGUGAAGAGACUUGUUGGAGCUCAGAUCAAGGUUCACCUCAGUGGGUCGAAGUGGUUUUUAAGGAAGAUUUCACAAUGUCGAGUGUAACAAUACAAUUCCAAGGUGGUUUUGUAGGGAGGAAUUGUCGACUGGACAUCCAAAAAAGUGACUGUGAUGAAGUCAGUGUGCCUUUCUACCCUGAAGACAUUAAUACUCAUCAGAAGUUUUUAAUUGAACCGACGUCAGCGAAGAAAGUGAAAGUUGUUUUUGAAGACAGUACGGAUUUUUUUGGAAGAAUAGUCAUAUACAGUUUACAAUUCUCAUGAACUAUAUCAGUGUAAAUUAUUGAAUUUUUUGUAUUUUCGAUUAUUUUAUGUUAUUAAAAAAUCUGUUAAAAAAAUCAAAA